GGGGGCGCGCCGAGGGGGGUGGCGGGCAGCAUGCUGCUCGGCUGCGGCUCGGCCUCCCACACCCGCGGCGCCCGCGUCCUCGCCAGCAGCGGCGGCGGCGGCCGAGCGGGAGCGGCGCCCGCGUCUGCAGCGGGGGGCACCGGGCAUGGCGCUGCCGAGGGGCGGCCGUGCAGGGGCGCCGGGCCGGCUGCUGCUGCUGCUGCUGGGCGCCGCAUGCCUGCUGGUUCCCGGCGCGCAGGUGAGGCGCCUGGCGCGCUGCCCCGCCACUUGCAGCUGUACCAAGGAGUCCAUCAUCUGCGUGGGCUCCUCCUGGGUGCCCCGGACCGUGCCCGGCGACAUCAGCUCCCUGAGCCUGGUCAAUGGAACCUUCUUGGAAAUCAAAGACCGAAUGUUUUCCCAUCUACCUUCUCUGCAACUGCUAUUGCUGAAUUCUAACUCGUUCACAGUCAUCCGGGAUGAUGCUUUCGCUGGACUGUUUCAUCUUGAGUACCUGUUCAUUGAAGGGAACAAAAUAGAAACCAUUUCAAGAAACGCUUUUCGAGGCCUCCGGGACCUGACUCACCUUUCUUUGGCCAAUAACCAUAUAAAAGCACUCCCGAGGGAUGUCUUCAGUGAUUUAGACUCUCUGAUUGAACUAGAUUUAAGGGGCAAUAAAUUUGAGUGUGACUGCAAAGCCAAGUGGUUAUAUCUGUGGCUGAAGAUGACAAAUUCUACUGUCUCGGAUAUACUAUGUAUUGGGCCCCCAGAAUAUCAGGAAAAGAAGCUAAAUGAUGUGACCAGCUUUGACUAUGAAUGUACAACUACAGAUUUUGUUGUUCACCAGACUCUGCCCUACCAGUCGGUGUCGGUGGACACGUUUAACUCCAAGAACGACGUGUACGUGACCAUCGCCCAGCCCAGCAUGCAGAACUGCAUGGUUCUGGAGUGGGACCACAUCGAGAUGAACUUCCGCAGCUAUGACAAUAUCACAGGUCAAUCCAUCGUGGGCUGUAAGGCCAUCCUCAUUGAGGACCAGGUGUUUGUGGUCGUGGCCCAGCUCUUUGGCGGCUCCCACAUUUACAAAUACGACGAGAGCUGGACCAAGUUUGUCAAGUUCCAAGACAUAGAAGUCUCUCGCAUCUCCAAGCCCAAUGACAUCGAGCUGUUUCAGAUCGAGGACGAGACAUUCUUUGUCAUUGCGGACAGCUCCAAGGCGGGACUGUCGACUGUGUAUAAGUGGAACAGCAAAGGCUUCUAUUCCUACCAGUCUCUGCACGAGUGGUUCCGGGACACAGAUGCGGAGUUCGUGGAUAUAGAUGGCAAGUCGCAUCUCAUCCUGUCCAGCCGCUCCCAGGUCCCCAUCAUCCUCCAGUGGAAUAAGAGCUCAAAGAAGUUUGUCCCUCACAGUGACAUCCCCAACAUGGAGGACGUGCUGGCCGUGAAGAGCUUCCGGAUGCAGAACACUCUCUACCUGUCACUCACCCGCUUCAUCGGGGACUCCAGGGUCAUGAGGUGGAAUAGUAAGCAGUUUGUGGAGGUCCAGGCCCUCCCCUCCCGGGGGGCCAUGACCCUGCAGCCCUUCUCAUUUAAAGAUAAUCACUACCUGGCCUUGGGGAGUGACUAUACAUUCUCCCAGAUCUACCAGUGGGAUGACGAGAAGCAGCUCUUUAAAAAAUUCAAGGAGAUUUAUGUUCAGGCUCCUCGGUCCUUCACAGCCGUCUCCACUGACAGGAGAGAUUUCUUUUUUGCAUCCAGUUUCAAAGGGAAGACAAAGAUUUUUGAGCACAUAGUUGUUGAUUUGAGUUUGUGAAAGUGUGGUCAGUGAAUGACUGAAAAGACACACGAUCCUGGCUUUCCCGUGGGAGAGGGCCCAGAAGAGAACAGCCAGAAGAAGUCAGGUUCCAAGCUCUGAAAAUAAGAACAGAUAAUGCACCGGGGAAAUAGUUAGAUGUUUUCAAACUUUUAGAAGUCACAUUUCAAUCAGGGAUUGCAUUCAUGGGCUCACUGCAUGACAUGCCCCUUCACUUUCCAAAGACAUCUUAAAGCCUGUAAUCUCUGAGAAAAAGACCAGCUUCAACUCUCACUGUCUAGAAAAGUCUUGUGCUUUUUAGUGAAGGAAUACAGCAGAUAAUAUGGGGCAGCUCUUAGAAUGAAAUAAUCAUAAUUAUAAAAAUAAAAGACCAACAAAUGAUGAACUCUUGGCAUUCCAUUUUAAGUCUGGUUUUGGUAGGAACGCUUAAAGCCAAAGUCAGCUGAAAGAUUUGCUGAUGAUUAGGUUACAAAUCUGACAAUACUCAGCAAUGCUAUUUUGAGCCAUCCCAGACUUCCAAGCCUACCCCCUCUCCCCCUCCUCCCAUAUUAGAAGAACCUCAACUUGUGUUGGCUUGUCCACUUAAGCAUGGGUGUAUUAACAAAACUCUGUCUGAUGCUACUUCCUCUGCCACAGAGAAGGUGCCACUGAUGUAUCUGGGCCUGUCUCUGGCCAGAGACCCAGGAGCUCAGCAAAGGAAUCUUCUCUUCUUUAUGAUUCAAACCUGAUUCCCCUGGUGCCAGAGCAAUCAUAUGUUUUCAUGCUCUCGGUGAGUCUUCUGCUUCUCCAAACCCAGAUUUUGAGUUUGUGGGUAAGCAGCAGACAGGCCAAUGACUGAAUUUUUCUUCAGGCCUUUAGCGUGGUGAUGAAACAGGGGUUUCUAUCUGCUGAGCAUUUGGUAGGAUUUUGGGAGGGUGGUUUUGUGGAGCCACAGGGGGCCCUCCAGGAGACUUGAUGUUCUUUGAAACCACGAGAUGGGGAUCCUUUGGGUUAUGCAUGUUGUCUUUGCCCUCAAGGUGAUUUUUCUAUCUCAAAUAAUUGAAUACCAUGCUGCCUGCUUGCCCACUGCCCUGUCAGUGACAUUCCUGCUUGGGCCGAUUGACUAGUAGCACUGCUCCUGAUGAGAAGGGAUGGUGAUAGCAGAAUGCAGGACCUGCCAAGGACACCCAUGACAUGGAUGAUCCUGUAGUAUUUAGCAGAGGAAACUUCCCUGAGCCCUACCAACCUCUACUCGCCUGGCCAUGAGAUGGCAGAGGAGUAUCUCUAAGGCUGGAGCUUUCAGACUGAGCAGCCGACUCGAGGGCGGGGGCAGGUUCACUGACUCCCACAGGUCAGGUCUGAGUUCAGUGGAGCAGAGGGUUCUUUCCAGGAAGACCUCUCUCAUGUGGGUGAUGGGAAGGUCCUGGGGUUUGGCUUAGUAGAGGGUUCCAGAUGGAUGGUGGGCUCGGUUAACUGGGGAAUCUUAAGAAAACAUCUGCACUUUGGGGUGUGGCACAGCGAGAGCGAAUCCCACCGUCUCUCUUCGAGCCAGUGAAGGGAGCUGAAUCCGACUGCAUUGGGAUCCUUUGGAAUGUUUGCCAGGAGCUGGUGGAAGUUUCACUGCAAAUACAAAUAUGUUUGUGGCUGCUGGACUUGAAGCAGUGCAGAUGGAGGCAAUAAAUAGCACCUAGAGAACGAGUCACUGAUGUCAUAGCAGCACUCUUGGGUACAUUCUGGGACUGCAGACUGAGCACUGCCAGCUCAGGGCAGCAGGGGUUUCAUCAGCAAGCUCAUGCAAACGUAGUAGCCUUGCUUCCCGAGACUUUCCUCCCAAUCCCACCCCAAUCCAACAGGCACAAAUCGGCCUGUUAGCCAUUUUUGUUUUAUUUUUAAGGCACAGGUCGCCCUGACUUUGGUGUGCUUCAGAUUUCCCGGUCUGUUUGACUUGGCUGCCCGUGCUCAGAGCCCCACUCCACACUGGGCAGCAGGACACCUGGCAAACAGUGCAGGGCUGAUGCGUGGGAGUAAUGUUCUGGAUUCCAGCUGCUGGGAGAGAGAGCACCCGGGGUGGCUGCCCCCGGUGCUCUCUCCACCACAGAGCAGGGAUCCAGCUUCCCAGCCUCACUGCAGGGGACGCUGGGGACCAGCCACGUGCACUUUCCAUGCUGGUGAGAGCUGCUGAGCGCCGGAAACCCAGCAAGCUCGAUGUGCUUGCCUGAGGCUUGUUGAGACUGGAGGUCUCACGGGCAGGUGAAGGAAAGACCUGAAGCAGUAGGGGUUGGGGUGCUGGGACGAGGGGUGGGGGGUCAGCUCAAUCAGGUUUUUCUGUGAUUGUCUUUUCUUAAAAAUAUUGUAUUUCAUGAUGAGGGAAAAAAACAAAAGUUUAGGUGGGCUUAGAGCCUGCGAGUGCCCGAGUCCCUGUGCCAAUGGAGGUGUUUGUUCUCACUGACUUCGGAAAGGGACGUAGAUGUUCUUACCAUGAGGAGGUAGUGGGGGUGGGGGGGUGGGGGUCGGAAACCUGGCUUCAGUAGUUUUAUUCUUCCACCCUGAGAAGCCCUGGAGGUUUCCUGGAAGAAGCUUCUGGUCUUAAAAAUCAGAUCCCCAAAACCAAAACACCCCAAACAGGCAGACCCAUGAGGCAACUUUAGGAGGAUCCCCUUUUGCUUCUUCUCUCGUCCCAGCCCACUCUGAAAGAGAUCAUUUGGCCAGAUUGUUUCUUCUUUAUCAUCUUGGUGGCCGGGCUCAGACUGAGUUCCUCCACAAACCCACAUGGCCAAGCCACACCGCCUUAAAGCAAGGCCUUGUCCCCUUCAGACUACUGGGGGGUUGUUGGGAAUAGAUGACUUAGGAAGCACUAAAAUCCAGGGCCAUGAGACUGAUCCCAUGCUUGCAGACAAUGGAGAAAAAUCCCCCUAGAACAUGGGCAAAGCCAUGGAUGGUAAUCUCAUUUGCUCAAUUCUUUAUUGAACAGCAAGAGUUGUUUCAGAAGGAAAUAGACACUGGAAAUAUGACUCAAUUCCUGAUUGUUCAGAAUUGAGGGGGAAAGACCUAGAACUUUCCCUUUGAAUAGCAGCUUUCCUGUUUUCCUUCUGUGACUCUCCGCCAUGCCCUCCAAAGAACACUCUUAUCUUAUCCUGCAUUUGAAUAGACCAGCACCUUGAGAGUAAAUAAAAUACAACAUAAAGAUGCGUUACCCGAAGGAAGAAAGGACUGAAUAGAUACCAUAGCUGAAUAGACGCCAUUCAAUCAACUGGUCCAUUUAACAAUUAAGCACUACGGAACUACUGUUACAUGCAAGGCUUCACUCUUGAAAGAUUUCCAGAAGUUUCUGAUCAUUUUAUGUUCUGAAGAGGGUGUCUAGCAGUUUUAGUGGCAUUCCCCACCCACAUAUCCCCAUAGUUAUGGUAGGGGGUGGAGGGGGAUGCUUCAAACUUGAGAUGCAUCUGGUUCUUGUCACUGCAUAUGCAGAACGUACAGAGUAGUCCUAUGAGGGAAAAAUUGAAAACUAAGAUGCAUGCAUGAUGAUGAAUUGUUCACAGCCCUAAUCAGCCUUUGGGGACCACGCUGGAAAAGGCAGUGUUGCAUUUUUCUUCCCUGUGGAGUAAGAGGCCGUGUAUUUUUAGGAAAGAAAUCAGCGUGGGAUGCUGGAGGUUUGGCUGCCAGGAACACUCAUGAUGGAAAUUCCUCCAACUGGGGGUAUAAUGAAAGAGAGAUGAAGGUCGGCGGGAGGGGAGUCUAUUUGCAUGCUAUCUAAAGAAAAUCUCUUUAGCCAGCUCUCAGAUCCUUUUGUGGAAGUGUCAGCCCCUCUGCACACAGCUUUGGAAGAGAGUUCUUGCAUUAGGCCUUGAGUGGCCAAAGAUUCUGCUAAAUAACACCUUGGGGUGGAGCAUGCAGUAUGGUCAUCCAGCUUUUGGGAAAAAUCAGUGGAUAUGGAUUGACAAAUAGGGCACAUGACUAAGAGGGACUUUUCUUGGUGGGAGGUGAUAGGAGGGAAGUAGAAAUGAAAUGGUUAAAACAGAAAAAAAGUCAUGCUGAUGUUCUUUGCUUCAGCCAGGCAAGCAGAGGGUUAAAGCCCCGGAGAAGGAACAACAUCCCAACUAUGAAUGAAGGGAACUGAUUGUAAUGUUACUUCAGACAUAAAUGAUAUUGUAUGGUAACAGAUCCAAAUCAUGAUGCUGUUAUCCUUACCUUCAUUCUUUGCUUGUAUCAGAAUCUACUUUUUUCCUAGUAGGAAACUAUGCAUUUCCUAUCAAUACCUUUGACUAUAAAGAAUGUAUAAAGACUGUGACAAAAAAAAGGCCCUAUUCCAUUUGGUACCACUUUUAUGUAUUUUAAAUGCAUAAUUUAGGGAAACUGCGAAUCGUUUCUAUGUAUAUGGAAGCAAAUUUUGCAGUAUGCAAGCUACAAUGGAUGCAUUUUAAGGCCGGAUUUAUCUUUAGCUCUUUUUUCAUAAAUAGAGUUAACAAACGAUAUGCCUCUUAAUUCAAUAUAUUCUGUAAACCUAUGAAUAAAAAGUAGCUCCUGCCUAAUAUGGCUUUGAUCUCUG